AAAUACGAGCAAGGCUUCAUCACAGACCCCGUGGUGCUGAGCCCCAACGACCGAGUGCGGGACGUGUUUGAAGCAAAAGCUCGGCACGGAUUCUGCGGGAUCCCCAUCACGGACAACGGGAAGAUGGGGGGGAAGCUGGUUGGGAUCAUCUCGUCUCGAGACAUCGAUUUCCUGAAAGAGUCAGAGCACGACUUGCCUCUGGGCGAGAUCAUGACAAAGCGGGAGGAUCUGGUGGUGGCCCCGGCUGGCGUGAUGCUGAAAGAGGCAAAUGAAAUCCUGCAAAGGAGUAAAAAAGGCAAGCUGCCAAUUGUUAAUGAAGAUGACGAGCUGGUGGCUAUAAUUGCCCGCACCGACCUCAAGAAGAACCGGGAUUACCCUCUGGCUUCGAAGGACUCCAAGAAGCAGCUGCUCUGUGGUGCUGCUAUCGGGACACACGAAGAUGACAAGUAUCGGCUGGACCUCCUGGUGCAGGCUGGCGUGGAUGCUGUAGUGCUGGACUCCUCUCAGGGGAACUCCAUCUUCCAGAUCAAUAUGAUAAAAUACAUUAAGGAGAAAUACCCCAACCUACAAGUUAUUGGAGGAAACGUUGUGACUGCUGCUCAGGCCAAGAACCUCAUCGACGCAGGGGUGGAUGCCCUGAGGGUCGGGAUGGGCAGUGGCUCCAUCUGCAUCACACAGGAAGUGCUGGCGUGCGGCCGGCCCCAGGCCACCGCGGUGUACAAGGUGUCCGAGUACGCCCGGAGGUUCGGUGUCCCCGUGAUCGCAGACGGUGGGAUCCAGACCGUCGGGCACAUCGCAAAGGCGCUGGCGCUCGGCGCCUCGCCAGUGAUGAUGGGCUCCCUCCUGGCUGCCACCACGGAGGCCCCAGGCGAGUACUUCUUCUCGGAUGGAAUUAGGCUGAAGAAGUACCGUGGCAUGGGCUCACUAGAUGCCAUGGACAAGAACCUGGGCAGCCAGAACCGGUAUUUCAGUGAGACAGACAAAAUCAAAGUGGCCCAGGGGGUCUCCGGCGCAGUGCAGGACAAGGGCUCUAUCCACAAGUUCAUUCCAUACCUGAUUGCUGGGAUCCAGCAUCCCUGGGCUCUGGCUGGCGCGUGACCGGUGUCCUUCCCCCUCAGAGCCAUGAUGUACUCGGGAGAGCUGAAGUUUGAGAAGAGGACGACGUCUGCCCAGGUGGAAGGAGGGGUGCACGGCCUCCACUCGUAUGAGAAGCGCCUGUUCUGA